AUAUUGAUUCAAACUAAAUCCUUAGGGCAACUUCAAAAGUGACUGACAAAAAUAAGUGAAACGUGAAUCGGAAUUGUUGCGUGAAACUUCGCUGUAAAUUCAAAAUGUGUUUUAUUUUCUCGUUUCCGUUCAGCUUUUGAAAAUUAAAUUUUCAAGUAACCACGAGAACGAUAGUGCCUCCUCAUCGCGGAAAGAGUCACAGAAGCACCUCCGCUAACCCUCGAUUCGAAUUGGUUCAAAUGCAGCCACGAUAACCACAACGACAAACGGUUGCAACAACGGCGUUAGGUGCGAAGGACAAGCCACCCGCCACCCACGCUUAAAUCACAGCUGAGAGCCAGAAAGAGACAGCAAGUCGCCCUCGAGAAGAGAAGAGAAGAGAAGCAAGAAUCGAAAAAGCUCUGAAAGCACACCAACACAACACCAAAAGCAUUAAAACUGCAGCAGAGCGACCCCAUCCCACACAUCACACUCACACCAGCGCCACGAGCAUCGAACAUUGCAUCUGGCAUUGAGCAUAGGGAGGGACACACGCUGACACUGGGAGGAAGAAGAUGGAUCUUUUCGAUAUGGACGACGUUGUAGUGGGCCCCCCGGACGAGUGCAGCACCCCGCUGAAGGAGUGGCGGCUGAAACUCCAGGCUGGCACACUGACACGCAACGACUUCAUCGAGUUCUUCAAGAAGGAGUCGCCCAAGUACUUUGACUACGAGAACGAGCUGGACACAGGGGUAAACUGUUGGGAUCUGGCAGCACAUACUCGACUCGUAGGCUAGGAAGCUCCAGGAUCCAGGAUAACCAUGAUAGGACCUUGCUGCUU